UUAAGCAUUUGACGUAUACGAAAAAUGCUUCAAUUUUGGUUAAUCUGGAGUCUCGUUCAUUUUGUAUCCGAAUUUUGUUUAGUGGCUUGGAAGAAUAUUUUAUAAUACCCAAACAGUAAACCUCGAGUUUUAGAAUUUACUCUUUGAAAUUGUAACUCUUCAGGAAUAAGGUAUUCCGCUAUUUUGUUCGCUGGAACAAUCGGAAACCAAUCUAUUUUUGUGAAUCAACUGAAAAUAAUAUAGUGCGAAUAACUGUUUACGAAAUGGAUUACGAUGAAACAAAUUCUAAAACUAAAGGACGUGGUCGAGGCCGUGGAUCUCGCGGAGGAACUCGGGGAAGGGGACGUGGACGUGGGCGUGGUCGGACCAAGAAAGCAUCUCGCGUAAUCUCUUCCGACGAUGAAGAGGAAGUUGGAUCGCCAGAAGCAACGGAUAAAGAGGUUGAAGGAACAGUGGUAACAGCUUCGCCAAGUAAAGGAAGUCUAGAAUCAGAUCUGCCGAAUCCAGAGCCGUCGUUGGGAAAAGGAAGAUUGAUUGAGGAUACCGUAGCAGUAGGAUCUGCACCAAUUGUAAUUGAUAUGGAAGCUGAUAUUUCGCAAUUGGAAGCUCCAACUUUCACAACUAUUUCUCGCGGCCCGCCGGAACCAAUGUUGAGGUUGGAUUGGGAUCACAAAGUGAACCUCAUAGGUGAAAAAGUCCUUAAUCCAAUGAUAUAUAUUUGCGACCUGUGCGAUAAACCAAUUUUAAUUUAUGGGCGUAUGAUUCCUUGUAAGCAUGUUUUCUGUUUAAAGUGCGCUCGUUCCGAAAAUCUUAAAAUUUGUCCUCGAUGCAAGGAAAAGGCGAUCCGCGUUGAACAAACUGGCUUAGGAACUGUUUUUAUGUGUACUCAUGGAGGUACUCGUUACGGUAGCACUGGCUGCCGAAGGACAUAUUUAUCACAACGAGAUUUACAGGCCCACAUCAACCAUCGUCACGUUACCAAUCCUCCACAACCAGUACCCCCACCACAAAUACCAGGUUCAAUUCAACAAACACCACAGGCCCUUGAAACAAAGUCAACAAUUGUUGGUAAGUCACCGGUUAGAAAAAAUUCCUGUGAACAGAUGAACUCUCCAAGAACUGCCACUGGUGGCCAGGGUCCAAUAUCACUAAGUUAUGCAACAAACAAUUACGGGAAUUCUAAUGCAGCAAACCAAUUGAUCCAUAUGUCUAUUAGCCCGCAAACCGCACAUCUCUCCGAGCGUUCCAACUAUUCCCAACAAUCAUCUCCUAGACAUGUAACUUCAUCCUCUUGGGGACAACAACCACAAUACUAUCGGUAAAAGUAGCUGACGUUAUGAAUCAUACAUACGGAUCCAUAAAAUAAUAUAACAUACUCAAUGACAAAAUAAAUUCUACAGCGAAAACUUUUAUUGAAAAUCUAGAUCAUGUUAUAUAUACGAGCAAGAAUAGCACCUUUUGAUUGUCAGCGGAAAAAAUAUUACUAAGCCGGAUUGAUGUAUAUUAAAGCGGUAAUAUUUUGGUUGAA